AUGACACUCUCUCCCUUCCUCUUCCUCCUUCCACUUCUUCUUAUCCUCCUCCUUCCCGCCGCCCCAGUCGCCAGACUGGUAAGUUUAGGACGCUCACUCUGGCAGCUUGAAAUGUUCGCUCCAUUUCAGACAAUCAGAGUAGCAAUUGACCUGAACGGAGGAUGACGCUAGUCGCUGGGACAUCGCACACUACAGGUGGUCAUCGCUGCACUCGGCCAGACCCAGUUCUCCGAACAAGGACCACUGGAGGAGGUGGGUGUCGGCCACACCUUCUUCUGGAGUGGUCGCCCCAGGGCAGAACGACGAGAUGCGGGCGUCGUCUUUACCAUCCAGAAUGGCAUCGUAGGACGACUGCCCUGUCUGCCGCAGUGCAUCAAAGAUUGCCUAAUGAGCCUCCGCCGGCCUCUCCAGGGAGGCAAAUUCGCCACCUUCGUCAGUGUCUACGUUCCGCCAAUGGCCAGCCCUGAUACUGCAAGGGACGAAUUCUACGAGGAUCUGCAUGUCUUCCUGACGACUGUGCCGAUGGCAGCUAAGGUGAUUGUCCUUGGUGACUUCAACGUCCGCGUCUGCACAGACCAUGCUGUCCGGAGAGGAGUGCUGGGUACCUAUGGUCUCGGUGGCUCCGAAGAAAAUGGCCUGCUCCUUCUAUGA